CUCGCGCCCGGCGUCAUGUCGUGGAUCCUCUCGCGCCUCUGUUGCUGUCCGAAAAAGGGAGAUAUAGUUGAUAAAAAAGGUCCUUUCGGGAAGUUUAACCUAGAUGUGGCUGGAGCAGCGGAGCAGGCUGAUGGUUCAGAGACGGUGACUCCAAAGGAACACCUAGGGAGUUCUAAGCUUAUGAAGAAAGAACUUGAAACUGUGCAUAAGGAGAUGCCAGAGGUGCUCCAGGACAAUUUAACUGCCCAAAGCCUUGAAAAAGCAAAAUCUCCUUAUGAUCAACAAUGUACUGGAAUGAAUGAGGUCCUGGAGAUGAUCCGUAAUGGUGUUUCUCUUAGACGCAUCACCAAGGUACACAAGGACAAUUUUCAAUCAGAUGAGGAGGAGCCUCAAACCAGUGACCAAGCUGCGCCGGAACUUCACAGUAUCUUGAAGAAACGUAGGGAAUGUUCAGAGAAAUGCGUUUCAGAUACUUCAGUGAAAGAGAACCCUGUUGACACUGCGGUUCGAGGCCAGGAAUCUCCAUGGGAUCAUCCAGGCCUGAGGCAAAGCCCAAGGCAAAAUGCCCUUGGUGGUCACUGCCAAGUUAACGAGUAUGAAGAGGAUGGGGGCGUAGAGCGUGCAUCCUGUAAUGGUGAUGGAAGCAGCACUGCAAGCAUCCUGCCUCUUUGUACGCCCUUGGACCAAGGACAAGAGGACUGGACGUUGCAGUGUUCUUGUCCGGAGAGCUCUCUUCCUGUUAGCUCUAUGGAUACCCCCUCAGUGGACAACUUGUCCUCUCCUGGCAGCGAAUCUCCUCAGGAGGAAUUGUCUGCCUGCCCUGGGGUGAAUCGCACCAAUGCAGGGGGUGAGGACAGUGAAUAUGGCAAAAAUCCAGACUCAAGGCAAAGUCAUGACCAUUGUUUUCUCAGUUCUACAAACCAGAGCCCGUUACAGGAGCACCUGGACUUGGGAAAGGAGAGCACACUUGGGCUCAAGGCUACACGGCUUCCGGAGUCCAUGGGCGCUCACAGUGAUCACUUUGUACAUUUUGUAGGGGACAAUUUAAGCCAUGAAGAAUCAAGCUCUUUGGUCAGCAGCGAUACCCCCCCAUCUCUUAGCUGUGUUGGCACAACACUUACUGAAACUGUUCUCAACCUCUCUGACCAUCCAGUUCAGUUUGUCCUGCUGCAUGACAUGAAGCCUCAGCAGGUCGUGGCUAGUGAACAAAUGGAUGGGGAUCGGGUGCCAGGGCGCAGGGUGUUCAGGAUUUUAGAAAGCUUGAAUGGCCAGUAGCACAAGUGCCUCCUUCGCUCACUUUGUUUUUCUAGACUUAAGCAAACAAUCUGCUCUCCGACAAGCCUCAGCUCUUACUCUCAAAGGAGCUCUUUAACAGGAGAAGUGAUUGUUACUUAACACAAAUCACUGCUGUGACGUGCAAUAAUAGCCAGCCAGUACCAGUCUUUCCUGCACUGGAUAUUUCCUGAAAAUCUGACUGGUCGACCAGGCGUUUACACCGGCAUGCUGCCAAUUCCUCACUUUUGCAGAACAUUCUGAAAUGUAUGAACCUUCAGUCUAUGUUGGCACUUUAGCACUUGAGCACAUUUCCAUUGUUGAACUAAUUUAGCUCUUGGUACUGAGGUUAAUUGUGGGGAGCCUGCAUACAUCCAGGAUGGACAUAGAGGUGUACUAGUAAGUACAUUUAUACAUCUGUUUAACUGGUUUGCAACUUGUCUUGUCCCUGUUGCCUUCAAACUUUCUCAAGGUCUGUGGAAACACUCCUUGUGAUAACUUAUUUCUGAAGCUAUCAAAUGCCACUACCCUUAUUUUGUUCACUUUGCUUUUUCUACAAUGUCACUGGAUAGAAAGAAUCAGUGCUGUUCAACUGUGAACUUUGAC